CCGCGAGACUAGUACUUUGCAUCAGUGAUCAUGAUGCGAGCUCUAGUGUGUGUGUUAGCAAUCCUAUCGGUGGUAGCCGCUCAAAAAGAGCUGUACUAUGCACCCGGUCAUGAUGGAAUGGUGCAUCUUUUUGAAUGGAAAUGGCCGGACAUUGCGGAUGAAUGUGAAAGAUUCCUCGGUCCCAUGGGAUUCGGUAGCGUGCAAGUUUCUCCGGUCCAAGAAAAUCUAAUGAUAGGCAACAGACCAUGGUGGGAACGCUACCAGCCUAUAUCCUAUAUCUGGCAUACGAGGUCGGGCACGCCAGACGAAUUCAAGAAGAUGGUUCGCAGGUGUAAUGACGCCGGCGUGAGGAUUAUCGUCGACGUGGUGUUCAACCACAUGUCCGGCAAUUGGGAUAACGCAAAGGGUACCGGCGGUUCGACAGCGGAUACUCAUAACUUCAAUUAUCCGGCGGUGCCAUAUUCCCGCUCCGAUUUCCAUAAUCCUUGCGCUAUCACUAAUUAUAAGGACGCAGCAAAUGUGCGGAAUUGCGAGUUGUCCGGUCUGCACGAUCUCGAUCAGGGAAACGAAUAUGUUAAGGAGAAGAUCGUUAAUUUUUUGAAUCAAUUAAUCGAGGCUGGAGUCGCUGGUUUUCGAGUAGAUGCAGCUAAACAUAUGUGGCCGAGUGACCUAAAAGUGAUAUACUCUCGGUUGAAAAAUCUCAAUACUGAUCAUCAUUUUCCUUCAAACGCGCGGCCUUUCAUAACUCAAGAAGUGAUCGAUUACGGUGGCGAAGCGGUCAGUAAAUAUGAAUACAACUCUUUUGGCACGGUGACGGAAUUCCGAUUCGGUAUGGAGAUCAGCAACGCCUUCAAGGGAAACAAUCUCCUAAAAUGGUUUACCAAUUGGGGAGAAGCUUGGGGUCUAUUACCAUCCAAAGAUGCUUUGGUCUUUAUUGACAAUCAUGAUACUCAGCGUGGCAAUCCCAACAUACUCACCCACAAAUCACCGAAACUUUACAAGAUGGCCGUUGCUUUUAUGCUGGCGCAUCCUUAUGGAAUCCCGCGCAUCAUGAGUUCCUUCUACUUUGAUAGCUUCGACGCCACUCCGCCUCAGGACUCCAACGGUAAUCUCCGGUCUCCGAUUAUCAAUUCUGACAAUACCUGCGGCAACGGCUGGGUCUGCGAGCAUCGAUGGCGUCAGAUCUACAACAUGGUGGGCUUCCGAAACGCCGCAAAUCAUACCGGCAUCAACAACUGGUGGGACAAUGGCCAGAAUCAAAUUGCCUUCUGUCGUGGAGAUGCGGCAUUCAUUGCGAUUAAUGCUGAUCGUUACGACAUGAAACAGACUCUUGUCACUUGUCUGCCGCCUGGCACUUAUUGCGACGUUAUCUCUGGAAAUUUGGAGAAUAACAAGUGCACUGGUAAGGUCGUAACUGUGGGUCAAGAUAAAAAGGCGUACAUAGAAAUCGUUUCAAACCAGGACGAUGGAGUACUCGCCAUUCAUCAAGGGGCAAAGUUGAACUAAAGGAUCGAGUUAAAAAUUGCUUAUUAUGAGCAUACGAAUAAUGUGAAAUGUGCUGUAUAAAAUAUGUAUAAAUUUUAAUGGAAUUUAAUUUCAUUUGGAUAAAUUAUUAAGUAAACUAUUUAAAAUCUAAAUUAAUUAUAUACUUUUACGAAUAAAAUUUAAACGUUUACAGUUCAAUACAAUGGAAUAUCAGUA